AAACUGCCAUAUGCAUCAAAUAUAAAAUAAAUGCAGUCAACGAAUAUUGAAAAAAAAUACUGUCAAAGUGUAAAGCACAACGGUCACAGCAUUUGUGGCAUUUUCCAUGAACACAAAUACAGGAUUUUGGUCUAUGGUUUCUGACUAUGGCAUUAUAAAGGGGAAGCCCUGUAAUAGUGGUUUCUAGAGUCUUGCAGUAAAGUCCAAGCGUCAAUGUUUCAUAAGAUAUGGGGUUCUAAAAUGCCCCAAAAUGAAGUAGGCUACUUUGAUAGCUAUUAAAAUAAGGUAAAAUCUAUUGUGCAGUUAGUAUACUGUAGUAUAUUGAUAGGCUAUUGAACAUCAUGGGAAAGUUAAAUGUACGUUAGGUCUAAAUCUAAGAAGACGGACCACUUUCUUGGACAAUCAUGGUGCCUUGACUGGGCUCUGCUUAGAGCUUGUCUUGCACUUUGUUUUUUUAAUUAAAGACUCUGUUUAUAUAUGUUUGUGGUUUACAGAGAGGUUUUACAAAAGAAGCGUGGAACGUCAGAAUGCAGGCGGAUGUGAGCAGUAAAUGUUAUGACAGGAAGUAGUGGUUACUUCAUUUCCUGCUCAUCUGCUGUGGAAUCGAACUACAGUAUAGUACAGCUAUGAGAUGUCUUAAAAGUGCAGGGGGAGCGUAAGACAUAAACAACCUGAAAGAAAAGUCUAACUUCAGUUGAAAGGCUGGCGUGGCGAAAGCUACUGUAUAGUGUCCUGUGAAUUCCAGAUUCUUUUGAAGUUUCAUGGAGAAUGAGCCUGGUAUCGUCUCACCAUUCAAGCGUGUCUUCCUGAAGGGUGAGAAGGGGAGGGACAAGAAGGCACAGGAGAAAGUGACUGAGAGGAGACCCCUGCACACCGUCCCCCUGUCCCUCCCAGACCACCGGGUCGACCCUGACAUACUGCUCAAUGACUACAUUGAGAAGGAGGUCAAGUAUUUAGGGCAGCUCACCUCAGUGCCAGGUUACCUGAAUCCAUCCAGUCGGACUGAAGUACUACACUUGGUCGACAAUGCAAGGAAAGCACAUCAGCUUCCAGGACAGCUGACCGCGGAGCAUGAUGCACUGGUCAGCCUGUCUGCCUACAAUGUGAAACUGCUGUGGAGAGAUGGUGAGGAUAUCAUACUCAGGGUUCCCAUCCAUGACAUUGCCGCCGUGUCCUAUAUCAGAGAUGACUCCCUGCACCUCGUAGUGCUGAAGACAGCUCAGGAUCCUGGAAGCUCUCCCUGUCCCAGCACGUGUCCUGAGAUUUCCAAGUCUCAGGCUCUGGGCUCCCUGUCGGAGAGUGGUGCUGUGCUGGUCGAGGUGUGCUGUCUGGUGGUGCUGGCUGCAGAGAACAAGGCAGCAGCUGAGGAACUCUGUUUACUACUCAGCCAGGUCUUCCAGAUUGUUUACACAGAAUCUACUAUAGACUUUUUAGAUAGAGCAAUAUUCGAUGGGGCCACAACGCCUACAAGGCACAUGUCUGUGUACAGUGAUGAUUCUUCUAGUAAAGCUGAUGUCAAGGAAGCCUAUGAAACAGAAGCCAGUACAUUUUCAUUUCAGGGAUCUCUGGACACCGACGGGAACUCCCCUUCUUCCUCCUCCACACAGGCCUCCCCUCAGGCUAAAACUGUCAGCGAGAGCGAGCUGAGCACCACUGCAGCCGAGCUGCUCCAGGACUACAUGAUGACGUUAAAAACGAAGCUGUCCUCCCAGGAGAUCCAGCAGUUUGCGAUGCUUCUCCACGAGUACAGAAACGGAUCCUCCAUCCACGAGUUCUGCAUCAACCUGCGGCAGCUCUAUGGAGACAGCAGGAAGUUCCUCCUGUUGGUGGAUGAUUACUGAAAUCACCAGCUUUGAAUCCAGUUCUAGUUGCGAGAGCAGAAAACAUCUGGAACAUGCUGAUAUUGAAGAAUAUGCUCCAACUCUCUUGUCCACUUUCAGAAUGUUUUGGUUGAACAGUGCAUUUUGUCUAGACCAAGUGUCUGGAAGGAGGUUUAAUUGGUCAAAUUCAUCAAUUUAGAAUUGGUUUAGAACAAAGACCAGGACUGGAAGGGUCAAUUCUGGCCACACCUGGUCUUGACACUGUAAACUCAAAACAGUACGCUUAGCACGUCCUUAUUAUAUAUAUAUAUAUAUAUGUAUGUAUGUAUAUAUGUGUAUAUAUAUAUAUAUAUAUAUGUAUAUAUAUAUAUAUAUAUAUAUAUAUAUAUAUAUAUAUAUAUAUAUAUAUAUAUAUACAUAUAUAUGUGUAAAUCCAGUUCAUUAGUCUGCAGCUGUCUUAAUAUUCUUGUAUUUUUAAUUUUGUUUUUGUUUUUUUUUGUUAAUAAAAAAGGAAAACAGAUUUGUAUGCAGCACUUAAUGUUUUGCAAAAAUAUAAGAUUAUCCAUCCAAGGGCAACACAUUUGUUCUUUCAUGUCUUAUUUGGAGGUGGAGCCACCAUGAGUGCCUGUCUAUGUAUACUGUGAGUGUGUGUUUUAUGGUAUGGGUUGUGGUGAGUGUUAUUCUAAGAAUUGAGGAGUGUAACUUUAGGGGUAAUUCUCUGCAGGCAGGUAAGAACAAAGUACUGUACACUGCCCCUUCAGUUAGCAGAGAUGAAAACAGUUGAACAGAAAUUUUUAAACAUUACUUUGAUUCCUGCAAGGGUUGUGAGGUUAAGGCAGUACUAUUAACCUAUGAUCUAACUGGUGUUUGUUUACAUGCUUACCCCUUUAAAAGGUUAUUCUGUGCUUUGGUGUUCAAGAAGCCCUUGUGCGUCUCAUUCAUGUCCUAAUUUCAUUUAUUUUACAUAAAGCCCUGUAUUGUAAAUAGUAAACUUGAGCAUUUGAUUUUC